UCUCACGAGAGGUGCUCGAGUCCAGGCACGCUGCAUUCUGCGUGGCUCGAUGCGACAGACGCAUUAGUUAUUUCCAAUGGCGGGCCGACGGCUCAUCGACGCGGCGAAGCUGUUCAAUGCCUCGAAAGGCAUCGCGCAGCAGCACCUGAAGCUCCGCUCGCAGCAGCUCGAUGUCUUCACCAAGACGUCCUCCCUCGCCAAGGCCGCGAAGAACCAGACCGACCGCAUUACCCUGACGCUCGAGGCUGCGCGCGUGCUCUCGCAGCGGCUGAACGAGGAGGCGCCCAGGUAUGCCUCUGCUGCCGUACAGCGGGCGACAGGUGCCCAGCAUGCGGACGUCCCGACGAAGGACAGUGUCAAGGGCGAGAGGCCCAGGGAAGAUACAAAGACGGGCCUGGAACAGGACCAUCAUUAUGACCGGUCGGCAAAGAACACGCAGGCAGCACCGCCGGCUGACGGAGAACUCGGCGUGCGCCAGGAGGAGGCCGGCCAGGCGCCGCUGCCGGACGGGACAAUUCCUUCAGCUGGGGUCACGCUGGAGGAGGGAACCAGAGGCCAGGACACGUUCAGCGAACGGCCGGUUCCCGAGGCCCCGAAAGCGCCGCUCGCAGAGGAACACCGCACCAAGCCGAGGGAUGACGAGGGCAUGCGGCCUGUCGAGUCCAGGGCGUCGACGAUACCUGUGCCAGGCAAGCCCGCCGGUGCCUCGAGUGACAAGAUCAUGUCGGUGGAUGAGAUGCGCGCCCAGCGUGAACAGUUCGACCAGAUCCCGUCGCACGCAAACGAGCCGUACCAUCCCUCUCCCGCGCCGCGAGUACAGCAAUUGCAGGAAGGACACGACCGAGACGUCUUCUACACGCGAUCAGUAGAAUCAGAACCAACGACCUCCUCUCACCAAUCACCGAAGACGCGGAUACCCAGAUAUGGCGAGACGCACCAAGAGAGCGACUUCCACGUCCGGGAUGAGCAGAUGAACCAGGACGUCUACUACUCUGUAGCUGAGCCAGACCAAGAGCAGAUGCAAAGAGAGGACAUUCCACAACGGGUUGCUGUCCCAUUACAGGAGAGCGUGCCAGAGGGCAUCAACACAGACGUGUUCCUCACUACCCGAUACAAGAAGAUGCUAGGAGGGAACCCGUACAACCAGAAGCCACACAUGGAUCUGAAGGGCGCAGCGCGUACGCCGCUUGACCACACCAAAACUGCACAAGGCCACGAUCAGGACACGUUCAAUGUGCGGAGAAGUGAGGAGAGCCAGCCGUCGCUGCCAGAAGAACCCCUGCAGCAAUCACACCCAGCACAGCCCACACAGCCCACGCAACCCGGGACAUCAGAGAAAGAGAUGCAUGAGCUAGCCUCGCAGCUUGCAAAGGACGCCGAGGCAGCCGCUUCGCCCGCCUCUGAGAUUCCCAGUGAAGUGAUUGACGAGCCAGAAAAGGCCCGGUAUGAACUACGAGAGUCACGAGUUCCGUCAUCACGGUUCGGCCGCAUAUGGCAAUACGCAGGGCUGGGUACAAGCAUGGCAUUCGGUGCUGUUGGGGAGGGCUUGAGACGGGUCACGGGCACUGCGGCAGCCACUGGAGGGUCGCUCAUGCUGAGUCCAGGCAACCUCGAAAUACUGGUUGCGAAGCUGUCCCGAAUGCGCGGUGCUGCUCUGAAGCUGGGUCAGAUCAUCAGCUUUCAGGACAUCAAGAUGCUGCCGCCGGCUAUCCACGAAGUUCUGCAACGCGUGCAGGACAGUGCAGACUACAUGCCCGCCUGGCAACGCGACAAGGUUCUUGCGAGCAACCUCGGCAGCGAAUGGCGAGAUCUGUUCACCUCAUUUGAUGAGAAGCCAAUUGCAGCAGCAUCGAUCGGCCAGGUCCACAAAGCUGUGCUCAAGUCCACGGGACAUCCUGUCGCAGUCAAGGUCCAGUAUCCUGGCGUAGCCGAUUCUAUUGACUCCGACCUCAACAAUCUCUCCAUCCUACUCACUGCCUCGCGCCUCCUUCCCAAAGGCCUGUUCCUCGACCGCACCAUCGCAAACGCCCGCACAGAGCUAGCAUGGGAAUGCGACUAUGUCCGCGAAGCCGAGUGGCAAGAGCGCUUCCGCGCCGCCGUCGCCGAUGACUCCUCAGUCUUCAAAGUUCCCAAGACCUUCCCGGAAGCCUGCGGGCCGCAAGUCCUAACCGCCGAGCUCGUCCACGGCGUCGGCGUUGCGAAGCUGCCCACCCUCGCCCAGGAAAAACGCGACUGGAUCGGCACCCAGAUCCUGCGGCUGUGCCUCCGAGAAAUUAUAGAAUUCAAGUUCAUGCAGACGGAUCCAAACUGGACGAACUUUCUCUACAACGAGAAGGACCACAAGAUUGAGCUCCUCGACUUUGGCGCCUCCCGCGAGUACGCUGAGGAGUUUGUAGACCCUUACAUCAACGUCCUCAUCGCCGCUUCGCUGAACGACCGCAACGCUAUCCGCGACCUCUCCAUCCAGCUCGGCUAUCUCACUGGUGCGGAAUCGCAGCCUAUGCUCGACGCACACAUCCAGUCGGUCCUCACACUCGCAGAGCCCUUCCAGGAGUCUGGGCCAGAGAUUUACGACUUCAGGGACCAGACCAUCACCGACCGGGUGCGUGGGCUGAUUCCGGUUAUGGUGCGGGAACGCCUGGCACCGCCGCCUGAGGAAACUUAUAGUUUGCAUCGGAAGCUGAGCGGCGCGUUUUUGCUCUGCGCGAGGUUGGGGAGCAGAGUGCCAUGUCGCGCGUUGUUUGAGAAGGCUAUCGAGACGUAUCGCAAGGGUGGGAAGAUAACGAAUCCAUAGUCAGAGCUUGUAAGUAUACUGUGCUAUAUUGUAAAUAUUAUUCGUCCCUGGGAUGGCGGAUCGGGAUGCAGUGGCCGCAUGCCGUAUCACAUCAACAUCGUGUUCACUCAUACUACAUGGCUUUUCCGCAUCGAGAACGCUGCCAGCAGUUCAAAGACCACGAUCGAGUUCGCAUAAGCUCGUCCCUCACGGUCACAAGGGUACACUCGCGCAGUGGGUAACCAUUGAUGAGUAUCAGCUCCAUUGAUGAAAGUGUCGCGCUCGCGCUAUAAAGAGUGUAAGAAAGUAUAUGUACAACAGAAG